CUGUCACGGUACCGCGCAUGUACUGUGGCCCACGUCGGUACCUCUACAUACAUACCCAUUGCAUGCAUUAAGUACACCUCAACCGCCGAUUCUGCACCCAACGCAAAACGCAGGGCAGCCCAUCAAGCGACACAAGCACCUCAAUCAAAUCACCACUACAUACAGUCCAGAAUUACUUCGAUCCGACCUGGAGAUCUCAAAUUGCCCAUUCAAAACUCUGCCAGUCCGUUGGCUCACCUGCAUCAUUGAACUACCUCUACCUCAUCAUACGUACCUCGGCCGUCAUCUUUGCUCUGUCGCCGACCGCUAUCUAGCACGUUCCCCCUUCUCUUCUUUUUUUUUCUUUUUGCGCUCCCUUUUCUCGACACUUCCGGCGGCUUCAUCUCUCUUUUCGUCUCAGUAAUCAGCACCCCAGGACAAAUAUACAAACACCACAUCUCCUCACCAUUUCUCACCUUCAAGGGAACAACACUUCCUGACGGGUCAUUGUGCCCUGUUACAUAGAAGAGAGAGAGAGAGAGAGUACACUUUGGCUUGCCAUACAUGCCUGCCUCUCAUACCUUGGGAUCUUCAAACCAGGACAGUUAUCCGUCUUACAGAGCAAUGGAAGGUCAUCAUGGGCCCGGGGGACCCAAUCUAGUCCCUGGGUAUAUGGAAAACGGACGCUUCUAUGGGGAGUAUAAGAAAGGGCAAUACAUGUUCCCUAUCGAUGAGCUGGAGAAAGAUAGACUCGACAUGUUUCAUCAUUUCUUUUUGCUCGCUCGCAACCAGCAACUCUUCUCAGCACCGUUCCCGAAUCAGGAAAGUCCGCGGAUCCUCGACCUGGGAUGUGGAACCGGAAUAUGGGCAAUUGAUAUGCAAGAUAAAUAUCCAGUGCUUGGUCAAGUCACUGGUGCGGAUCUUGCUCUUAUCCAGCCAGAAUUUAUCCCGCGCAACCUCGUAUUCAAGCCCAUGGAUAUUGAAGAGCCGUGGCUGGAACUGAGCGGAUGUGCUUAUGACCUCAUUCACCUACGUACACUGAAUGGUAGCAUCUCCGACUGGCCAUUUGUGUAUGACCAGAUAUACAGACACCUGAAGCCCCAUUGCGGAUUUGUCGAGCAGGUGGAAAUCGAUUGGGUACCACGCAGUGAUGAUAGGAGUCUGCCACCGGAUUCUCAUUUCUUACGAUGGGCCGAAGCGCUGGUGGAGGCAAUGGAUAGAGCUGGGCGCCCAAUGAGACUGGACAGCCAUCGCGUCCAGCAGCAAAUGAGACAGGCUGGCCUGGUGGAUCUUCACGAGCAGGUUAUCAAGGUUCCUAUCAAUGGAUGGCCAGAGGAUGCUCAUGAACGCGAGAUUGGGCGAUGGUUUAAUCUUGGUCUCACUCAAGGUCUAGAAGCUCUAACCUUGGCGCCCUUCACCCGGAUUCUCGGUUAUACCCCAGACGCUGCGAGGAACCUCAUCAGCCACGUGAAGGAGGAAAUUCGGUCGCGGAAAAUACGCGCGUAUUGUACACUGCACAUUUUCACGGCGAGAAGACCAGCAUGAAGCCACUUUGGUGGGUUCUGUCCGAUACACUGUUAUCUUUUUGCGCUUUAUGCAAUGGUACAUACAAUGGUUUCAACAGCAGCGGAGUUCGUGUCGACGGCGUUAAGGGAGGUCAUUGUUGGGUUUCUCCUUUUUGGUACUGGCCACUGUCCCUUCCUCACCCCAUACACUUGUCAGAUAUCCCUUUAACACUAUCAAAACUGAAGUCGAAAUUGUAUACACGGGUUUUCAUUCCUCAUCAACAUAAGUCUCUUCAACUU